UGCACGGCAAUAGAGUGGAGCGGACGCUUCGUCGGUCGUCGGGGCCGUCGAGCGAAUCGGAGCAACGUCUGGCAACGCGAUCGCGCUUAUCAGUCGCGGCGAAUCGGCCGCGAUAACGCGCUCGCGAAACGUCGAGAUGUGCCAGCAUGUCCGAGGACGACGCGCAGGAAGCAGCCAGCGAGGAGAUCGAGAGACAGGGGUCUCUUUACGUGUUCCCGAGUGCGGGUCGUCCCAGCUGCGCGACGACGUCAUCGUCGUCGUCGUCGAUCUCGACGGCGCCUCUCCAGCCGCCUCCGCUGCCGUUCCUCCACGGUGGCUCGACCACGGCGAGCGCGACGGUGACGACCAGCGUCACGACGACGAUGACGAGCACGUCGAAAAACAGCAACGGCGACGAGGACGAGGACGCAGUAGAGGAAGUCAGCUCACCGGCCCGGAGGAAAGCCCUCUCGAGAACGCACGCGAGAUCGGCGAGUCACGGUGGUGUUUUGGCGGAUGGCACGACCGGAUGGCAGACCUACGGGUCCUUCCUGGGCCCGCUGACGGCGGUGGGAAGCGCCACGUCCGCGGGUCGGCCGUCGGCGCUGAAGAAGCCGGGUCACCAGAGAGCCUUCAGUCAGGGUCAGGUGGCGGACGUGACGCAGGGCCAAUCAGCCGUAACGGGACAUCACCGUGUCGGCUCCAGAACGGACUUUAUCCUGCCGCCAGGCCACAGGGAGGAUGGCAGGCCGCCCACUGCCGGCAGGAUGCCUUCCUUUCGCGGUCAUUCCCGACAGGCGUCCAGAUCGGAAUCUAUCUAUACGAUAAGACGUAGCGUCGCGCCUCCAUGGUGGAGGAGAUUAUGGGCCCAUUGUUUCGGCCCGCUGCCAGAGGAACCCCGUUUACGAACAAUAGUGCCGAAUCACUUAGUCCCGCCGAAGACUCCGAAGAGUCAGCAUCCCAACGGGAGUAGGAAGGACAACAGGGUACGUACAACGAAGUACACGGCGCUGAGCUUCCUACCUCGUAACCUGCUAGAGCAGUUCCACCGUGUGGCCAACCUGUACUUCAUCUUCAUCGUGCUGCUUAAUUGGGUACCGGCCAUAAACGCGUUCGGCAAGGAGGUCGCGAUGAUCCCCGUGGUAUUCGUUCUGGGUGUCACGGCGCUUAAGGACUUCUUCGAAGAUCGCCGGCGACUCGCCAGUGACCGGCGUGUGAACAAUUCCACCUGUCGCGUCUACGUUAGCGAGGGCGACAGAUACAUGAAGGUAGCGUGGAAGGAUGUCAAGGUGGGUGACCUGGUUCACCUCUCGAACAACGAACUGGUACCGGCCGAUCUCCUGCUUCUGCGAAGCAGCGAUCCUCAGGGAUUAGCUUACCUCGACACGUGCAAUCUCGACGGCGAGACGAAUCUGAAGCAGCGCCAGGUUGUCCGGGGUUUUCUCGAUCUGCAGGAUACCUUCCAGCCUUCCAAGUUCCGAUCGGUAGUCGAGGUCGAUCAGCCAAGCACUAGAAUAUAUAGGUUUCAUGGCGCCGUGGUGCACCAAAACGGUGGCAGGGUGCCCGUAUCCACGGAAAAUCUUUUACUCAGGGAAUGCGUCUUAAAAAACACCGACUUCGUCGAGGGUAUAGUCAUAUACGCCGGCCACGAGACCAAAGCGUUGCUGAACAACGGCGGACCCAGGUACAAGCGUUCUCGUCUGGAGAGAUACAUGAACAGAGACGUGAAAUGGUGCGUGGUGAUACUGCUGAUACUGUGCGUGAUCGGCGCGUUCGGCUGCCGAUUCUGGCUGUCCGCGUACACGGGUCUGCCGAUGGUGCCGUUCUUGCCGGUGAUGCAGGAGCCAAUUUAUGAGAGCUUAUUAACGUUCCUAACGUUCGUCAUAAUAUUCCAAGUGAUGAUACCGCUGAGCCUGUACGUGACGAUCGAGAUGGCUAAGGUGGGACAGGUGUACCACAUCGGCCACGACCCGGCCCUCCACGACACGGAAACCGGCCGUAAGGCGGAAUGCCGCGCGCUGAAUAUCACGGAGGAGCUAGGCCAAGUACAGUACGUUUUUUCUGACAAGACUGGCACUCUUACGGAGAACAAAAUGCUAUUUAGGAGAUGCGUGGUAGGCGGUCAGGAUUAUUCGCACAUGGGCGACAACGAGAAUCUGCUUCCGUGUUCGCGACUUAAGGAGGAUCUGCUCAUAGGUUCAUUUCGACAUUGCUUACAGGAGUUUCUUAUUGUCUUAGCCACGUGCAACACGGUUGUUGUAAAUUCUCAACCGCAUCACGAUAAUAUGAACUCUAGCGGGGUCAUCGAGGAACCUCAAAAAAAUGGAACUGGUCCUACGAGAAUAACGGAAACAGACACGAGCUCAUUUCCGACCAUAAAUUCUCCACCGGUACCGCUGUCUCCGAGCAACAGAGCUGUUCACACUUUGUCUUCAGUAUCACCAGUAAUUACCACGGCAAACACAUUCGAUGAUAAUUCGAAAUUCCUGUUUAAAAUUUCCAGGCCAAAGUUGCUGAACGUAACGUCGAUACCGAGUCUGGGCAUCGGACUGCUGGGACGGAAGUUUUCACCGGAGGGACAGAAGGGACGCAGCCCUGACGCGAAGAACGGCGACGAGUUGCUGCAGAGUCCGGCGAUCUACGAGGCGGAGAGCCCGGACGAGCUGGCGCUGGUGAACGCGGCACGCGCUUACGACAUCAAGCUGGUGAAACGGACGCCCCGCAGCGCGAUCAUAUCCUUCCCGGACAAGUCGACGCUCGCGUUCGAGAUACUUCAUGUGCUGCCGUUUGACUCGAACAGGAAAUGCAUGUCGGUGCUGCUCAGACAUCCUCACACCGGCGAGAUAGUGCUGUACAGCAAAGGUGCCGACACGACGAUGCUGCCGGCGCUCUCGUCGAGCGACGAGAACACCGUCGCCUCGGCGAGCAUCCGACAGUACCUGCAAUCGUACGCGCGUCAGGGUCUACGCACGCUGGUGAUGGCGAAGAGAACGCUGACGGCGCAGGAGUACGAGACGUGGCGACAGAAGCACAACGAGGUGGAGCUGGCGACGGAGAACCGCGAGCGUCGCAUACGCGACUCGUACGCGACGUUGGAGUCGCACUUGACGUUACUGGGUGCGACCGGUAUCGAGGACAAGCUCCAGGCCGGCGUGCCCGAGACAAUGGCCGCCCUGGUCGCCGCCGGGAUCGUCGUGUGGGUUCUGACAGGGGACAAGCCGGAGACCGCGGUGAACGUGGCGUACUCGGCGCAGCUCUUCUCGCCGGCCAUGCAGCUGCUACAGCUGGAGGCGAGAUCGAAAUCCGUAGCGGAGGCGCUUAUACACGGCUAUCUGGAGUCGGCGCGCAAAGAGAGCGUGAACAACGGCCAGCCGGGUAUGAUGGGUAUCGCGGAUCCCGCCGGCAUAUACAACCGUGAUUCCGCCGAGAGAGACGCGCAUAGGAUCGGCAGCCCAUGGCCGCGGCAACGCGCGCUCGUCGUGGACGGCAAGACGUUGACCGUGAUCCUGGAUUCGCGAUCGGGCCUGACCGGCCCGUUCCUCGAACUCACAAAAAUGUGCUCCAGCGUGCUAGCCUGCCGCGCCACGCCGUUGCAAAAGGCAUACAUAGUCCGCAUCGUUAAGAAACAAUUGGGAAUGAGAACGUUGGCAAUUGGCGACGGCGCGAAUGACGUUAGCAUGAUACAGACCGCCGACGUGGGCGUCGGUAUAUCGGGGCGAGAGGGCACGCAAGCGGUAAUGGCAGCGGAUUUCGCGAUUUCCCGAUUUCCCAUGCUCAGCCGGCUCCUCCUUCUACACGGGCACUGGUGUUACGACCGUCUCGCCCGAAUGAUUUUAUACUUCUUUUACAAGAACGCGACAUUUGUCUUCCUCAUAUUCUGGUUUCAGAUAUUUUGCGGCUUUUCCGGUUCCGUAAUGAUAGACCAAAUAUAUUUAAUGCUAUACAACUUGCUGUUCACUUCGCUGCCGCCUCUCGCCUUGGGCGUUUACGAUCGAGUCGCCAAGGCCCGCGUGUUACUUUCAGCGCCGGAAUUAUACACGAGGGGACGUCUGGGAUUGGUGUACCAGUCACACUCGUUUUGGCUCACGAUCAUGGACGCCCUUUACCAAAGUGUUGUCAUAUUUUUUAUUACCAAAGAGGUUUAUGACGAUUCGAUUAUUGAUAUAUGGGAAUUCGGGACGACUAUUAUGUCGGCGUGUAUCGUCGUCAUGCUAGCUCACGCUGCUAUAGAAACUAGAUCUUGGACUAUAAUCCAUAUCGGUGCCAUCUUCGGUUCCUUGGGCAUUUUCUUCGGAUUUUGCUUGUUCUACAAUGCUGUUUGCGUCAAUUGUAUGGGCCUACCUGGGUCCUUUUGGAUAAUGGAAAUGGCCUUCACACAUAUCACAUACUGGUUAACAGUGGGACUUACUUCUGUUCUUGCCUUAAUGCCUAGGUUAGUGUACAAGGCGAUACAGACCACUAUCGCACCAGAUGCUAUGCACAUGGUCUCGCGGCGGAUCGCCACGAAAAGCGGCAGUCAAAUUCGUCGGCAGCGUAUUAACAGUCAAAGAGGCGAAGUCAACUUCAUCGCUGGAUGGUCGCGCUCCUCGCAGCACGCUACUAUCAGACCCGGUAGCUACAGAAGCAAAAGCAACGCUCUCACGACUAUCGUCGCGUGACAGAUACGCGUAAUCAGAGUGAAAUGAAGCCUGUCCAUUUCAUUAACUCGGAAAACUGACCAAUCACCGAAAAAGGGGGAACGGCUUUUUGCUACCCCGAUCCUCGGGAAAAGUCGGCAAAGUCUCUUCGCCGAUUAGGGAAGAAUCUUCGGACCUCUUCAAGCCGUUUGCAUUGACAAUCUUGUCUAAUAACUAAUUGUAUUAAUUAUUUCUGGUGAGCGAUUCCCUAUCCCCCUGUAAAUCAUCGUAGUUGAAGCUCUAAUGAUGUAGAUACGAAAGGAAAGCUGGUUUAACCAUGGUUGGUGCUAUUGAGCGUGAAAAUUCGCGUUUGUUACUAUCGAAUUAUGCAAUAUAGAUUACUGAAAGAGCGUCAAAAGUCGUUUGUCGUUCGAGAUGCAAUGCGCGUCAUCGCUUGCCCAUAAUAGGGACGUCCUCGUUGCCGAUAUCGCGAUAACGCUAACAUUACAUUGCCAUUUUCGAAUUCGAAUUAUCGCGGCUGAUUUAAAAUCGAGUGGCCUUAAAUCUCAGAUCGUUCAUUGCAUUUAAUGGCUGUGAUUUCUAGGGACCAAGACUGUGCGUUGUAACUGCAUUGAAUCAGGCAGGCCGGAUUCGAGUGAAAGUCUAUAUGCUGCGCUACUUCAAGUAUUUCCCCUUUAAUAUUUUUUUUUUUCGCGACCUAGAACUUCACUCGAAACACGUACGUCUGCGACUUCUUACUUUCGAGCAGACCGUAUUCGAGAAGACCAACGUUAGAGACGGACGGACAUAAUAUGCCGAGUUCUAGUUUGUCCAAUGUCGAAAAUAAGUGUACAAAGAUGUUGUAAAAAGAGUGCAAAGUAUAUUGUGUAUAUAAAACGAGAUAUUUCGCGAGAUGUAUUUUAUAACCACUGAGAGAGAAAUAGAUUUUAUAUAUAUUAAAUCAAUUUAUUUUUUAAGUAAGUUUUUAGUUAUAUCAUUUUAAACGUCGUGUCAUUCGUAAAAUGAAUAGCAGCAGGAAGCGGGCGCGGAUGCUUAAAGAGCCGUGACCGCGCGCCGAGUUUCUCCUAUUUCCGGUCGAUCUGUGAAGAUCAACGGAACGCCUCGUAUAAAUUAUGACGUAAAGAUACACGAGCUUUGUUAUAUCUACUGUUGUGUUACUCUACCUGUUGUAAUAUCAGAGAAAAUAUUAACGAUAUAACAAUUUAGAAAUUUUAAUUUGGAUAAUGCAUAUUGAAUGUUAUAACGAUAACACGCUGCCCGUGCUAUCUGGUAUUUUGAUAAUGAACGGAUUAUUGUUGUGUGCGUUUACCGAUGUAAGGAGAAUAUUAAAAAGAAGAGAAAUAUCAACCGUCAA